GAAGGGAAGUGGUGGGAGCUGAGCAGGCAGCCGCCAGUGACCCGGCAGCGCUGCGCUUGCGAUCCUCCGCUUCCAGCAGCAGCAGCAGCAGCAGGGGCAGGGACAGGCAGCGCCCACUCAGUGUGGGAGGCCCGCGGGGGGGGGUCUGAGCGGAGCCGCCCCGCCUCCGGAGCCGCCCCGACUCGUCUUUGGGCCCUCCGACCCCAGCCAGCCCCGCGGGGCCUCCGCCCGGUCUCUUCUCUCCGCCUGACACUCCCUCUCCAGCGCCAUGGCGGCGGCGGCCGCCGAGCCCAGCAGUGGCCGAUACCAGCAGUUGCAGAAUGAGGAGGAGCCUGGAGAGACUGAACACACUGCGAACGAUGCCCCUCCACCUUACAGCAGCAUUUCUGGGGAGAAUGCAGAAUAUUUUGACUACAAAGAUGAGUCAGGGUUUCCCAAGCCCCCUUCUUAUAAUGUGGCCACAACACUGCCUAGUUAUGAUGAAGCGGAGCGAAGUAAGGCUGAAGCUACCAUUCCCUUGGUUCCUGGAAGAGAGGAUGACUUUGUGACACGGGAUGAUUUUGAUGAUACUGACCAGCUGAGGAUAGGAAACGAUGGCAUCUUCAUGCUAACAUUCUUCAUGGCUUUCCUCUUCAACUGGAUUGGAUUUUUCUUGUCCUUCUGUCUGACCACUUCAGCUGCAGGACGCUAUGGGGCCAUUUCGGGGUUUGGUCUGUCUCUCAUUAAGUGGAUCCUGAUUGUCAGGUUCUCAACCUAUUUCCCUGGUUACUUUGAUGGUCAGUACUGGCUCUGGUGGGUUUUCCUUGUAUUAGGAUUUCUGCUGUUUCUCAGAGGAUUUAUCAAUUAUGCAAAGGUUCGGAAGAUGCCGGAUACAUUUUCCACUCUCCCCAGGACCAGAGUUCUCUUUAUUUACUAAAGGGUGUCUCUGUGGAUAAAUGCUGUGCUGACAAGACUGGAGUACUGCAAAGCUUGAAGGCAGGAAAUGAAAUAGGAUGCACCAUCCCGGAAGCCUGAAGUGUCCCUCAGGGGAGGCUUUCCCUAGAUGAGCCAGGAAGUAAAAUAUUGAUCAGGUCUUGCCAAGAAAAAUCUUUCUCCAGAAAAUCCUCUUGGGCUUUGAGUCCUGGUGGAAUGUGUUCUCGUUCCCCCCUCUCUCUCUUUCUUCCCUUCCUCUUUCCCAAAUUCUUUUUAAAGAGGAUUGUUCCAGCCCAGCUAAUUCGGGAGUAUCACACUAACUGGUAUUAUUUAUGGAUUCUUAGAUUCUAAGGUAUAGAGGACAGGGAUUGUCUCUGUCUGCAUGUGUACCUUAUUUAGCAGUCUGGGCCCUGAUACUGAAUGGGGCCUUUAGCUGCUACUGUAAUAUAAACAUUUAAAAUUUAUGAGCCUCAACUAAAGUUGGCCCUACCAGGUGAGGAGGGGCCUGAUGUGGUGUGGGGCAAGCCAAGUCUCCUUACCUUUCAUUGUUGUAAUGCUGUCUAGAGUACCCAAAUGGCCUCCAUUGCCAUAGGUUCUGAGCACCUCACAAACACCCCUGUGAAGUAGGGCAGUACUAUUAAACCCAUCCUACAGAUGAGGAACUGAGGCAUGGCGAGACUGACCUGCCCAAAGUCAUAGAGCAAGUCUACCUUGGAGGAGGCAAAAGCAGAACUGAGAGAUCCUGAAUCCCAGUCUAGAGCCUUAAGCACAAAGUCAUUCAGCAGCACUUACUGCUACUGUCCAGGGCAGUCGGUCCACUUUCACCCAGAUGAAAUUCACAGAGCUAUAAACCCCCCAGCCCUUUCUCUGCAAUAUUUCACAUGCAUUUCUAAUACCAUAACAUGCAUAAGGAUCAAAAAUGCUUUCCAUUUAAUCUCUGAGGAUAAGCAAGAAGGAUUCAACGUGCCAAAACCUAUAGGGCUUUCUGUCCUCCUUAUAGGCUCCAAAAUAACCUCUAAGCACCUUUCAAGUGAUUAGCUCCAACUCAAGGAUGAGAUGUUAGCAGGCACUAGAGUCUUGCUAUCUAGACUUGCUAAGUCUUUCAUAGCAAAACCUUUUAUCCUGUUCCCAAGAGCUGAUUUUGACUCCAAUAUUCUAUGACCAGGGUAAAAGCUUCCCUAGAGCGUAAAUAUGGGCUGUCCCCAAAUAUGAGCUUCCAGGUGCCAGAAAAAUUCUCUUAAAGGGUGAGGGGCUUUUUUGCAAGUCAGUAACUUUUGCACAUCAAGUCAGUGACAUGUGCAGAUGUGUAAAACAGGCACACAAAUCGAAAGCCUCAUUGCCCAAAUAGACUCUGGGAGCAGGAAAGCUCCAUGCCCAAUGAUACAGUAUUUGGGGGCUCAAUAAUACUGAGCCAUUUUUAAGAGGGUGUUUUUUAUAUCUUUUGUUCCAUACAUGCCCUAUUUUUGUUCUAACAUUUUAUUAUAAUGUCUUGCUAUUGACAGUGAAGUGCUCUGAGAGUUAAUGUAAAACAGUCUUACA